UUCGAUCAUACCACAUUAUCAACUGCUCUUAAUGUUUCAACAGCAGAAGUAAGAACGUUCUUGACCAGACAAUCUUCGGGGCCAAUUGUGCAUAUAUCUGAUUCUCAUCAUCACACAAACAUUUGGACUGAAUUUGUUUCCCAACAACCCCACCAAAAAUUAGCUCACUUGAAGAGGAUUGUGAAUUUAGAGGAAGAAGUUACCCCAAAAGAGGAAGAAUCAACAUGGUCAUUGAGGAAAUUUUUGUGUACCUUACUGCACAGAAAAGAUGUUGUCAAGAGAGUGAAUCAUGAAGCUCCAUCAUCGUACAAUCUCAACAACAGGAAUCCUGAUUUCAAGAACAACUAUGGAUGGAGUAAGACAGUGGAUGAGUCUGAUUAUUCUCCUUUACAACGAUCAGGCAAUGGUGUUUAUCUUGUCAAUCUAUCUCAGGGAUCCAUGAUGGCACCUCAUGUCAACCCAAGAGCAAUAGAGUACGGAGUAGUGUUGAAAGGGACUGGCAGGAUCCAAAUUGUGUAUCCAAAUGGGACUUUAGCAAUGAAUGCAAGAGUACGAGAAGGGGACGUCUUUUGGGUGCCAAGGUACUUCCCCUUCUGCCAAAUUGCUUCAUCAAAUGGCCCGCUUGAGUUCUUCGGUUUCACUACAUCAGCAAGGAGGAAUCAUCCACAAUUCUUGGUGGGUAGGAACUCAUUGAUGCAAAGCUUGAGAGGGCCAGAAUUUGCUGCUGCAUUUGGAAUCAGCGAGAAAAGGCUUAACAGGAUUGCCAAUGCACAACGUGAACAAGUCAUCUUGCCUUCAUCAUCGUCAGAUUCUCCUAUGAGGAUGAACAUUGGUUCUUAUUAGUUUAUGGAAAUUCUAGUUCGUCUUUCGUCUAGUUGAAUAUGGCACAAAAGCUCGAAGCCAAUUUUGUUACUUUUCAUUUUUAUUUUUUUACUUCCCCUGUUAUUCAGUCUGAGUUUGUUUCCUUGGCAUCGUCUUGUUGGAAGCAAGACACAUUGCGCAUUUGAGUUGUGAAUAAGACGGAUUUGUUUCCUUGA